AUGGCCCCUCGCCAGCGUCACUCCACUCACGGCCAGGAGAAGGUUCUGGGCACGAGUCAGCCUGCUGCUGUGGCAGCUGCUGUGCUGGAACAGCCUCCCAAAGUCCUCAAGAAGCUGCUUCACUGGGAGGAGCUCCCCCAUUGGCAGCGCGAUAACCAGCACAUCCAUAGCGGGUAUCGGCCGGCCUCGGCUUCCUUCCUUGUUUCCUUCCAGUCCCUGACCUAUCUUCACAAUGAAACGGUCAACAUCUACACGCACUUGCUGCCAUCGUUGCUGGUCGUGCCGGCGGCCUUCGCACUGUAUCGGGCACUAGCCCCCCGGUAUGAAACGGCGACGCAGGCGGACGUAAUCGUCUUCGGCUGCUUCUUCGCCGGGGCGGCCUUUUGCCUGGGCAUGUCUGCCACCUACCACACGAUCUCAAAUCACUCGCCCAUGGUGGCGCGCAUCGGGAACGCGUUCGACUACGCGGGCAUUGUCGGGCUGACGGUGGGCAGUUUCAUCCCCAGCGUUUACUUCGGCUUCUACUGUCAGCCCGCGCUGCAACGGCUCUACUGGAGCAUGAUCUGCACGAUUGGCCUUGGCUGCGUCGUCGUCUCGAUCUUCCCCCAAUUCCGGACCCCAGGCUGGCGACCGUUCCGGGCGGCGAUGUUUGUCGGCAUGGGCCUGUCAGCGGUGUUUCCCGUGAUCCACGGAUUACGCCUGUACGGGCUGGGGCAGAUGACACGCCAGAUCGGACUCGGCUGGCUGGUGCUCCAGGGUCUCCUGUACAUCCUGGGGGCAGCGAUCUAUGCGGCUCGGGUCCCCGAACGCUUGCGACCCGGCCAAUUCGAUCUGUGGGGAAGCUCCCAUCAGAUUUUUCACGUGCUGGUGGUCUGCGCCGCAAUUGCUCAUCUGACCGGGUUGCUGAAGGCGUUUGAUUACAGACACAGCGGAUUCGCCGCCAGCUGUGCUUGGAGCUGA